AAUUAAUCGAUUCGAAAAUGAGUAAAACAAGUUCAGCAAAAAAACGUGCCACACGUACAACAUCAAACAUUUUUGCAAUGUUCACACAGAAUCAGAUUGCUGAAUUUAAGGAGGCAUUCAAUGUUAUCGUGAAUAUAGCCCGAAUCAUAUUGCUGAAAAAUUUCCACCAAGAUUUAAAAGCAACCAACAAUAAAUCAGGUCGAGUUUAUCCGGAUGAUGAAUUGCAAAAUAUGCUGAGCGAAGCUCCUGGUCCAUUGAAUUUUACAAUGUUUUUAUCGAUUUUUGGUGAACGUAUUGCUGGUGGCGAUAAUCCGGAUGUAAUCAAAGCUGCAUUCAAAACAUUUGAUCCAUUUGAAACCGGUAUGGUUAAUGUUGAAGAAUUGAGAAAAAAUUUAACACGUUUUGGUGAUAAAUUAACUGAUGAAGAAUUGGAUACUGCAUUUGCUGAAGCACAUGUCGAUUCAAAAGGUCGUUUCAAUAUUGAUUCAUAUAUCAAAUUGAUUACCGGUUCGGGUGAUGAUGAACAACAAUGA